CGUAUCUGAUACACUGCCCUGGCACAGAUCCGUGAGGAGGCUGUCGUUUAGCUGAGACCAGAGCAACAGUCACCUGUUUACGCUAUCAUAGGCAACUUGAUAAAAAAAACAUCCCAUUAAUAGGAUCUGUUAUAAAGUAUAGCCACGUCAAGCUCGAUCAGCAGGGCAACGGCGCGAAAGGCCAACUCCGUCUGCAGCACCAUGCCCCUUGCCUGGCGCCAUCACGUCGACUCCUGAUAGCAGCUUACACCAGCACUCUAAUCCUUAACUUGUAGCUUUCUGGAACCUUUCCUCCCGCUCCUCGUGACGGCUGCUGCACCCCUUUCCAGCCUUCGCCCCCAUGGGCCGGGUAACCCGCGCAUCUGCCAAGGCGGCGGCAGCGACGGCUGCUGCUGCUCCUGUAGCGGAAGCAGCAGGGGAAGGACCAGCGGCACCACCACCACCACCAGCAGCCUCCCCGGCGGCGAAGGGAGGCAAGAAGAAGGGCGGCGCCAAGGGUUCUACCGCAGCAGCGGCAGCGGCGCCAGCGACAGCGGCGGCCGCUGAGGCACCGAAGGCAGCACCCAAAGCAGCAGCACCCAAAGCAGCAGCACCCAAAGCAGCAGCACCCAAAGCGGCAGCUGUCACCAAGGCAGCAGCAGCACCCAAAGCAGCAGCUGCCACCAAAGCAGCUCCUGCAACGGGACCUGCAGGGAGGGGAAAGGGAAAGGCGGCGCCGGCGGCAGCAGCAGCCAAGGGCAAGGGAAGAGCGAAGCGGCCUGCAGUCAAAGGCAAUGCGGAAUCCUCGGACGACGAUGAUGAUGACGAGAAGGCUGAAGCGGUGGAGGUAAUCAACAUUGUCUCGUCGGAGGAUGACUCUCAAGAAGACGCUCAAGCGGGGAAGCAAAAGCAGAAGCGGAAACAGCAGCAGAAGCAGCAGCCGAAGCAGCAGCCGAAGCAGCCUGAGUCGGAGGAGGAAGAAGAAGAGGUGGAGGAAGAGGAGGAGGAGGAGCAGCCACCCAAGAAGCAGAAGACGGCCAACAAACGGGCCAAGACGACUGGUGGUGCUGCCAAGGGUGGCACUGCGGCUGCUGCUCCUGCGGCUCCUGCCCCCGCUGCUGCUGCUGCUGCUGCUGGUGGUGCCAGGGGCAAGAGGAAGGCUGCUGCCACUACCUCUGCCCCUGCCCCUGCUGCGGCUCCUGCAGCCCCUGCUGCCCCUGCCCCUGCUGCUGCCGGCGGCGGCGGCGGCGGCGGUGGUGGUGCGAGGGGUACCGGUAAGAAGAGGGGCGGCACCUCCGCUGCUGCUGCUGCCGCCGCCGCUGCCGCUGCGGCCCCCUCAGCAAAGCAGAAGGGAAAGCGUAAGCAGCAGCAAGAGGAAGAGGAGGAGGAUGACUUGGAGAUGGUGGAGGACCAGGAUCCAGAAAAUCUGGUGGUGGAUGAGGAGGAGGAGGAGGAGGAGGAAGAGGAGCAGCCCAAGAAGAAGGUCAGCAAGCGGGCCAGGGGCGGCGGUGCCGCUCCUGCUGCUGCUGCUGCACCUGCUGCUGCUGCCGGCGGUGGCGGCAGAGGCGGGAAGAAGACCGCUCCCGCCGCCGCCGCCGCCGCACCCACCACCAAAUCCACCACCGUCGCCGCCCCCACAGCAGCACCAGCACCAGCAGCAGGGCCCGGGCCCGGCGGGGGCGGCAAAGCGGGUGCCGCCAACAACAGCAGCAGGGCGGCGGCGCAGCUGCAGGUGAAGAAGACGACGGCCACCAAGGCUGGCCAGUCGCCUGCCGCCAAGUUCAGCAAGACGCAAA